CAUAAUCUGUAAGGGGUAAAUCAGUAAAUGGGUCAUUACAGUGUAUCCCAAAUAUUCUACAGACGAUAUGACCGUUGUAUUCAAAUUUCAAACCCCAUAUAUCUUCUUCAACCACUAAAAGAAACCCCAGAUUUGGGGUAUUUCCAUAGCUCAAAAUACCAUGAAAUCAACGCAAGUUUCAACUCCAAAUUCUUCCGUGAAAUCAUCAUCCACAACUGUCAUGGAUUCCGAAACGAAAGACAGCUACUAUUUCCCCGGAUGUCGAAAAGAUACCAAUUGCAAUUGCGAAAUCUGCAUAGCCAGUUUCAACGCAACUCUCGAUCUGAUGACUAACAGCAUGCACAAGAGCUCUAUCACAAAACUUUCAGCGGCUAGAGCCCUUCAAUUUCCAAGAAGCCCCAUUUAUUACAGUCCAUCGAGGACUCUUUCGACCCCCAAAUCGAUUAGCAACAGUUCUGCUUCUUUGUCCAUGUCCCCUCCGCUCAAUUCCACAACCAGAGGGUGCUUUCAUGAGAAGGUAAAGAAGAAAAAGAGGGAAUUUGGUUUUGGGGUUUUGUUGAUGAGAUUGAUUUUUGGAUUGGGUGUUGUUUUCGGGUUGGAAUUUGGGUAUUCUUGGGUGGUUUCUGCGUUCUUGCAGCCUCAAUUGUCCCCGCAAAUUGUUAAGAAUUUGAGUGAAAAAUCAUGUGGUUUGAAGGAUUUUGAUGAAAGAUUGAUAUUCUUUAAGAAGGAACUUGAAGGUCUAAUUGAUGACGAAGAAAUAUCGAGUUGCAGCCCUCUUAAUUCUACUUGGAAAAUCAACCAGGAUGGUUUGCUUUUGAAUUCGCGAUGUACGCUGUACAAGACAAAUUCAGAAGAGUUGAGCAUAUGGGGAUGGCCUUUACAAACAGCUGGUUUGCUCACAGCUGGAUUUUCUUCACGUUCGUAUACCAUAUUAUCAGGAAGACUUACUGAGUGGUCCAAUGGGGAGAUUGGUUACUUGAUUAGAAAAUCGAAUAGUUCAUGGACACAACAAAAAUGGGGUGCUUCAGCUGUGCAAAUGGACCCAAAUACAUGGAUUUUAGAGUACAGUCGAAGUUCUUUAACUGAAAAUGGAAAAUUGGUUUCAGCUGUGUUUGAGUUUUUGAAGUUCAGGCUGGGAAGAGAAGUUCAAAAGUUGAAACAAGAGUUCUGGCUAUCGUCUUCUUUCACAAGCCAGCACAGUGAUUUCACAAUAGAGAGGCUCCAGAUUCCAACCUAAAUAGAACUUAUGAGAAAGCAUUCUCAUCCCUCAUGAGAGCUCCCGGUUUAAGCUCUAUAUGUUUGUUCUUCUGUGAACGUUGAGAAUUCAAUAUUAGCAUCUUUUGGUUCUA